GUUGUUAACACUAACACAAGACCAUAAAUCAUAUCAUAUAAAUACAUUAAAAACUUCAUACCAAUUUUCAAUCAACCAAGCAACCAUGUUACCUCUAACAUUAGCUAUUCCUUCCAUACUCUUUCUAAUAUUCAUUUUGAUUUUAUUUCAUCCAAAACAUCAUCAACAACAUAAUAAAAAUCAUCCACCUGGUCCUAAACCUUUUCCAAUUAUUGGCAACCUUCACAUCCUUGGAAAUCUCCCACAUCGUACCCUUCAAUCCCUUGCCCAAAAAUAUGGACCAAUCAUGUUAUUAAAACUAGGAAAAAUUCCAACAAUUGUAGUUUCAUCUCCCAAAUCAGCUGAACAAUUUCUCAAAACACAUGACACUAUUUUUUGUAGUAGACCAAACCUUCAACUCUCCGAACACAUGUGGUACGGUGGAAAAGGAUUAGGCUUAGCUCCAUAUGGGCCGUAUUGGCGCAAUAUGAGGAAACUAUGUACUUUGCAUCUUUUGAGUAGUUCGAAAGUUGAGAUGUUCGCGCCUCUGAGAAGCGAGGAAUUGAAGAUUAUGUUAAAGUCCGUUGAGAAAGCUGCGACUUUAGGUGAAGUUGUGAAUCUAAGUGAGAUGAUUGGUGAGGUUGUAGCGAAUAUUACUUACAAGAUGGUUUUGGGAUGUAAUAAGGAUAGUGAUUUGGAUUUGAAGGGACUUAUUCGUGAAACAAUGAACUUGGCUGGAAGUUUUAAUUUGACAGAUUUUUUGCCUUGGCUAAGCAUCUUUGAUAUUCAGGGACUAACAAGUCAAAUGAAGAAAAUAAACAAGGAAUUUGAUCAAAUUGUGGAGAAGAUAAUCAAAGAUCAUGAGCAUGACAUGAAAAAAGAUCCUCACCAUAAGGACUUUAUUGAUGUGUUACUAUCAUUAAUGGAUCAACCAAUGGAUCCUAAUGAUGAAGAACAAAAACAUGUCAUUGAUAGAACUAAUAUCAAAGCUAUUAUAUUAGACAUGAUUGCUGCAUCAUUAGACUCAUCUUCAACAACAAUUGAAUGGGCCAUGUCCGAACUCUUAAGGAAUCCAAAUGUGAUGAAGAACCUUCAAAAUGAGCUAGAAAAUGUGGUAGGUUUGAAUAAUAAGGUAAGAGAAAAUGAUUUUGAAAAAUUACCUUAUCUUAAUAUGGUAUUGAAGGAGACAUUUAGAUUACAUCCAUCUGGACCAUUGCUAACACCUCGUGAGUGUCUAAAAGAUGUUACAAUUGAUGGAUACUAUAUAAAGAAAAAUUCUAGGAUAAUAAUAAAUGCUUGGGCAUUAGGAAGAGAUCCUGAAUUUUGGACGAAUAAUUGUGACAUGUUUUAUCCUGAGAGAUUUGUGAAUAGUAAUGUAGAUUUUCGAGGACAAGAUUUUCAACUUAUUCCAUUUGGAUCGGGUCGUAGAGGGUGUCCUGGAAUUCAAUUAGGCCUAAAUACUGUUAGUCUUGUUGUGGCCCAAUUGGUACAUUGCUUUGAUUGGGAACUUCCAUUUGGUAUGUCUUCUAAUGACUUGGAUAUGACCGAGAAAUUUGGACUCUCAAUGCCAAGAUGUAAUCCCUUGCUAGCCCAUCCAACAACUCGAAUUCAAAAUUGUGAUAUAUAGUUAAAGAAUUUAUAUGUAUCUAGUUUAUAACAUAGUUAAAAUAAAGGUUUUGAUAUGUUAAUGUUUUGAAUAUGUAAGAAUCUUAGUGUUGAUUCA